AAAUUUUCUAUUACAUUUUGACCAAUGAACUCGUGUUAAUUAAAAUAAUAAUUACUGUUACUACAAUUUAUAUUUACAGAUUUUUUAUCAUUUACUUAUAUAAAUUUUACACUCAAUUUUGUCUCAGUGAAUUAAGUGCGCAAUGAAAACUAAUAAACCGCCUGUAUUUUGAUCAAUAAUUAAAAUAAAUGAAUAUAAUUAUAUUACCAAAUCAUAUAAUUAAAUUUAAAACCAAUCAAUACUAUUUAAAUAUGUUUUAUUCAAACAGUCGGUGACACAAAAAUUUAUUUCCAAAUUUACAAGACAUUCCAUUAUAAAUAUUUUUAAUAAAAACAAAAAAACAAGUAUUAUAAACAAAUAAAAAACAUAAUCACCUGAAAUACAAAAAAUAAUAAUAAUUAAAUAUAAUUUUCUACUUAAAAUAAAUAAAACUGCCAGUAAAUUCUAAAUAUUUAAAAAUAAAAGUGAAAUUGUAUGCUAAGUAAAUCCUAACCUAAAUUUAAAUUUUAUUUGAACGCAAUAAAAAAUUUAAACAAAUAAAUAUUGUAAUAAUAAACAAUGGCACGAAAUUUAACCGCACAAUUAGAAAAAAAGAAGCACGCACAAUAUUUGAAACGAAUAUUACAAAUAAUGCCGAGUCAAAUGGCUCAAUAUGAUUCAAAUAGAAUGAUGUUUGCAUUUUUUUCUGUAUCAGGACUUGACAUGCUCGACUCAUUGAAUUUGAUAAAUGAAACAGAGAAAUUAUCAGCCAUUGAAUGGAUCUAUAGAUUGCAAGUGACAGAUCCUAGUGUCAGAUCUGGUUUUCAAGCAUCAACGAUGCUACCAAAUGAUGCAGCUCACUAUCAAUGUGGCUAUUUACCGAUGACUUACACAGCACUUGCAACAUUAUUAGCACUGGGUGAUGAUUUGAAACGUGUUAAUAAGAAAUCAAUAUUGGAAGGUAUGCGUGCAUGUCAGAAUAAUGAUGGUUGUUUCAUGGCAAUGAUAACUGAAAGCGAGAGUGACAUGAGAUUUCUCUACUGUGCAUGCUGUGUUUCUGCGAUCCUCAAUGAUUGGUCUGGAAUAAAUAAAACUACGGCUAUUGAUUAUAUUGUUAAGAGUAUCUCAUAUGAUGGAGCAAUGGGACAAGGACCUGGACUGGAGUCACAUGGUGGAUCAACGUUCUGUGCAGUUGCCAGUCUAUAUCUCAUGAACGAGCUCCAUAAUGUCCUGACUAAGGACCAAAUUGAUAAAUUGAGACGUUGGUGUCUUAUGAGACAAACCAGUGGGUUUCAAGGACGUCCUGGUAAACCGUCAGACACCUGUUACAGCUUUUGGGUCGGCGCAACUCUACAUAUGCUCGACUCUGGGCAUCUUAUUGAUCCAGUAGAAAAUCGAGAAUUUAUUUUGAGUACCCAAGAUGAUUCCAUUGGAGGGUUUGCUAAAUUUUAUGAUACACGUGCUGAUCCUUUGCAUACUUAUUUAGGUCUCUGUGGUUUGAGUUUGAUGGGAGAACCUGGAUUAUUAUCAAUGAAUGCUGCUUUAAAUGUAUCUAAUCGUGUCUACAAACAUUUGAAAGAAAUUCAUAAAAAAUGGGAAAAUGAUUGAUUAAUUUUUUUUUUUUUUAACAAAUAAAUAAAUAAAUUUUAUCGAAAAAAAUUUUCAUAUCAAGCGCACAUUAAUAGAUACUCGUGAGAUUGUAAUGAGACAUUGUAAUAAAUUCUUAUAAUAAUCUAUUAUAUACGUAUCGUACAAUUAUCUAUAUGAGGCUUAUAUUUAUUUAUAUUUGCUGCAAUUUAAAAAUGUUUUUAAGCAGCUACAAUGUAUCACAAGUGUAAUAAUCACAGUAAUUACCAAUAACACUUAUUUACUUUAUCUUAUAUUUAAAUUUAAAACUUUAUUAUGUUAAAGAUAUAUAACUGAACUUAGUAGACAGUUAAAAAUUUUUGGAUUGUUUUUUUCGCAAAUCAAUUACAAAAAAAAAUAAGCUAAAAAAAUGCACAUGUAGAAAAUUAAAAAAUCUGUAGGUGCAAUUUUUCAAAAAAUUUUUUUUUUCAUAACUUAUCAUUUUAAAAAAAAUCCAAAAAUUAUUAAACGUCGGCUAACUUCAGUAUCGUUAAAAAAUGAUUCUGCAGUUAGUAGAUAAUCAGAAUUUAGAUUUUUUUUUUCUACAAUUAAAAAAAAAAAUUGCACAUGUAGAAAAUUAAAAAAACUACAAGUGCAAUUUUUUCAAAUAUCAUUUUUUUCAUAAUUCAUCAAAAAGAAAAACAAAUCCAAAAGUUAUUAGACGUCAGCUGACCAGUAUUAUUAAAAAUCUAAUUUAUAUAUCAUGUUAAUUACAAUUAUUAAUAAUUUCAAAUUUUAAUACGUUAAAUUUAAUAUUUUAAAAUUAAAAGAGUUAAAAUUAUUUUUCAACUGCAUAUUGAUUGUAAUUAUUAUUAUUAUCGUUGAAAAGUAAUCUCUGUGAUUGAAUAUACGGACAAUAGUCUUUAUACAGGAAGUUAUAAUGAAUGUGAGCACUAGUUUCAAGAUGCAUUGUAUUAAAUAAAAAAAAGUCUUUCUUUCAUGUACCAUUAUAAUAAAUAUAUAUGUGCUUUU